AUGUCUUCACGUAGAGACUGGGCAAUUCAACGUCUUUUUAAUUAUUAUCAAAAUAUUGGAAUUGAGGAACCAGAAGUUCGUUUGGGUGAAAUAUUAUUGUUAUUACCUGAAUUGGAGGUAAUUUGUGACAAACAUUGCAAAGAUUUUCAAGUUGCACAAUUUUUUGAAUUUUGCAAUAUGUCUGAAUAUUGGUAUGAGAAUUAUUGUUAUACAACUUUAAAUAUUGCUGCAGCAAUUUAG